CCCACCGCCACGCGCGCUUCCUUCUCCACCCUCCGCCCUCCCGCGAUCUCCCUAUCCCUCUCCCGCUCCGCCGCCGGCUGCCGCGGCCGCCUCGCCCGCGCGGCCUCCAAGUCCAAGGGCGCAGGCGCAGGCGCGGCGGAGGACAAGAAGGGGCAGGAGCAGGAGCAGCAGGAGGCGUCCGCCACGGCGGUGGACGGCGCGGAGGAGGCCGGGGAGGUGGUGGCGGGAGGAGGAGGAGGAGGGGAGAAGAGCCCCGAGGCGGUGGCGGCGGAGCUGAAGGAGGUGCUGCGGGCGCGGAAGGAGGCGGAGGCCGCGGCCGGCGGCGGCGGGUGGUGGGCCGGCGCCGCGCAGGAGAUGUCGGAGAUCGAGUGGCCGGCGCCCGGGAAGGUGGUGGGCACCACCGGCGUGGUGCUCGGCGUCAUCGCGGGCUCCACCGCCGCGCUGCUCUCCGUCAACGCGCUCCUCGCCGAGCUCUCCGACCGCGUCUUCGCCGGCCGGGGACUCCAGGAUUUCUUCUGAUGAAGGUUGAGCUGAGAGUCUGAGAUAGGCGGAAGGCCUACCUUUCAAUGCUGAAGCUAAUGGUGAAGACGACAAGAAUUAAAUCGAGCAGUUCCAAUUGGAUGAAGCCGGCAAGCAUCCAUUUGUUCUGUUUGCCAAUCUAUCGAGGUGCUAUGCUGAUGUGAUGUUGUGCACUUGUGCUGUCCGUAUUUAUAAGAAUAUAAGGUUAAACUCCAAAGCAUUCAAGGUUAUGCUACUGCCUAUUUUCUAGUACGUUCAUAUUUAUAAAUUGCACCAGGAAGCAAUCAACCAAAAGCUUCAGCUGCAUUAGGUAACUUAUUCACAGACCUAUAUGAAACAGUUGGUGCAAUAACAGUGUGUCAUGUUGAUUAACCGAAGCUUAAAUAAAUAAUUUUUUUUGCAUCCUA